ACGAUUUAUGAUUUUAGGGGGCUUUGCCUUCUCUUAUGUUGAAUCCUGAAUUAUCUGCAAUCCUUACAACUGAUGAAAUAAACAUAAUAAACGAUAUCCUUUUGUGCAAUAUCGAAUUUUCUCCUAAACAUUUGCCGCAAUCAGUAUCUAUUAACGAAGAAUUGGAUGUAUAUUCUAAAGAAACUCGGUACGAUACAUUCAAAUUUGACCAAGCAGUCUGCAAAGCACUGAAGAUUUUUGAUAAACAUAUCGACGUUCUUCGUACGAGUAAACAUAUUAAAUCAAUGACAUCGGCUUUUUUUGUGCAUCAUAUUCGUUAUUUUUUGCAACAUGCUGUACGCAGAAUAAAUUUUACGCCGGAACAAGAGAGAAGCAAAAAACUACAUUAUAGAAAGCUUUGGCAUUGUCGGAAGAAAUCUAUUGAAGAAGUUGCUAAGUCUACUACGGAUUUAGAAAAACUACGAAUUAAUCACAGAAAAACGCUCGAGGACAUAAUCAAGCGACACAGGAAAAAUAUAGAUGCUAUCGACGGAGUUGACAGAAAAUGCAACGAAUACGUCACAAAUACCAACACGAGAUAUGAGAAGAAACAAAUUGCCGUAUGUAAAAUAUGGGAAUACGAACAAAACCAAAUACAGUCAGCACUGGAAAACGUUAUCGAUGAUCUUGAGUCCUUGAAAGAUACAAAUACAAAAUUGGAACAAGUUAUUCGUAAGCGAAAAUCGAUGACCGACUCCAAGUUAUUAACGAUAACGACCAAGUACGAUACAGAAAUUGGUAACAGAUGUAGAAUGGUGGAGCAACUUGGCGAAGAAUAUAAAUCAGACAAACGGGAUAAAUACAACUUGGAGAAAGAAAUGAAGCGACAAGAAGAGAUAUAUUCUAUUUUAAAAGAAAAACCUAGAGUUACACGUUUCUACGAAUCUUUAGCUACGACCGAGCAAGAACGCUCCGUAAGAAUUAUUCAAAGCUGGUGGCGCAAGAUCUUUUUGGAGCAUAGAAAAAGAAAAGAAGAAAUUGAAAAAGAAAAGAAUGUUUAAUAACACACAAUGUUUGUAUUUAUCCUAUCGAUCCUAUUUGAGAAAAUCCAUAUUAUACGCGUGAAGUUUGAUUCAAUUCAUUCAAUCAUCCAUCAUAAUAGUAAUUGAUUUUCUUCCUUUGUUCUCUAAUGGCGGAUAUUUCAAAAAUUUUUUGCAAUUAAAAAAAUCUUUAAAUAUUAGAAGAAAGAAUGACGAAAGAAACUCGAAACGUAUUUUGUUUCGUUUAUUGAAUCAACCUAAAUUAUUAUUUACAUUUCUCGUAUAGUAUUAGCUUUACAAUAAUUCUUUACUUCUUUCAUUUUAGGUACAGCAUUUUCAAUAAUACAAGUAAUUAAAUCUUGGUACGAAGUUACAUGAACAUAGUACAUGUCUUGAACAUUAUUAAGUAGAAGUAUGCUAUGUAAUAAACAUAAUUAUAUAUCUAUGUAAUAGGUAGAACUUUAUUACGCGAUCGUCAUUGAUAUUAAUAUUGUCGAAACAGGCAACUGAACGAGUAUAUACGGAUCUUGAAUUGAAAUUUCUCUUUCAAUCUCCAUAUAUAUACGUAUAUAAUUAUUUUACCGAGAACAUUCCGUACACUUCUGUAAAUUGGUAUAAGAUACACUUUAAUGACGAAUAAAUAGCAAAAAAGAAAAAAAACCUAUAAUUCCUGAGUAAUAAAGUUUAAAAAAUAUUGUUGUAAAUUAAAAUUUUAUAAUGUAAAUUGUUAUGUAAAUACUUAAUAUAAAUUCGAUGCUAUUGCUUGAAACAAA